AUGUAUGAGUUCAUCAUGAGGUUCAGUUUGGUAGAUGAAAAUGGUGAAACCGUCGGUGCUGGAGUUAUAGGGUUGCUGCUCAGCAAUGGAGGAACAGUUUGUGACGAUAGUUUCGAUGAUAACUCAGCUGAUGCUAUUUGUAAAGAAAUGGGACACUUCAAUCAAAUGAGCUGGUCAUCCGGUGACAACUGGGCCAUUCAAGCGGGGCUCGAAAUAACUCUAGACGAUGUUGCCUGUAGCGGUGGUGAUUGGAGCUUAUUCGACGGCGGAUACACUGAUUUUGGAGAAUGGUCUGAAUGCUCAGUUUCGUGUGGAGAAGGUGCACAGACCAGAACAAGGACUUGUACUGACCCUGCUCCAUCUAAUGGUGGUGCAGAUUGUGUUGGGGAGGCGUCUCAAACUCAACCUUGCACACUAUUUGAAUGUCCAGUGUUAAGUCUGGUAGAUGAAAAUGGUGAUGCCGUCGGUGCUGGAGUUCUAGGGUUACUGCUCAGCAAUGGAGGAACAGUUUGUGACGAUAGUUUCGAUGAUAACUCAGCUGAUGCUAUUUGUAAAGAAAUGGGACACUUCAAUCAAAUUAGCUGGUCUUUCGGUGACAACUGGGCCAUUCAAGCGGGGCUCGAAAUAACUCUAGAUGAUGUUGCUUGUAGCAGUGGUGAAUGGAGCUCAUGUUCGUUUGCAUUCGUUGACGAUUGUAGUCACGGAGAAGAUGUGUUUCUACAAUGCGAAGGAGUUGUCGACGGUGGUUACACAGACCCAGAUUGGUCUGAAUGUUCAGUUUAUUGUGGAGAAGGUGAACAAACCAGAACAAGGACUUGUACUAACCCUGCUCCGGUAAAUGGUGGUGCAGAUUGUGUUGGGGAAGCGGUUCAGACUCAACCUUGCACACUCAAUGAAUGUCCAGUGUUAAGUCUGGUAGAUGAAAAUGGUGAAGCCGUCGGUGCUGGAGUUCUAGGGUUACUGCUCAGCAAUGGAGGAACAGUUUGUGACGAUAGUUUCGAUGAUAACUCAGCUGAUGCUAUUUGUAAAGAAAUGGGACACUUCAAUCAAAUGAGCUGGUCAUUCGGUGACAACUGGGCCAUUCAAGCGGGGCUCGAAAUAACUCUAGACGAUGUUGCCUGCAGCAGUGGUGAAUGGAGCUCAUGUUCGUUUGCAUUCGUUGACGAUUGUAGUCACGGAGAGGAUGUGUUUCUACAAUGCGAAGGAGUUGUCGACGGUGGUUACACAGACCCAGAUUGGUCUGAAUGUUCAGUUUAUUGUGGAGAAGGUGAACAAACCAGAACAAGGACUUGUACUAACCCUGCUCCGGUAAAUGGUGGUGCAGAUUGUGUUGGGGAAGCGGUUCAGACUCAACCUUGCACACUCAAUGAAUGUCCAGUGUUAAGUCUGGUAGAUGAAAAUGGUGAAGCCGUCGGUGCUGGAGUUCUAGGGUUACUGCUCAGCAAUGGAGGAACAGUUUGUGACGAUAGUUUCGAUGAUAACUCGGCUGAUGCUAUUUGUAAAGAAAUGGGACACUUCAAUCAAAUGAGCUGGUCAUUCGGUGACAACUGGGCCAUUCAAGCGGGGCUCGAAAUAACUCUAGACGAUGUUGCCUGCAGCAGUGGUGAAUGGAGCUCAUGUUCGUUUGCAUUCGUUGACGAUUGUAGUCACGGAGAAGAUGUGUUUCUACAAUGCGAAGGAGUUGUCGACGGUGGUUACACAGACCCAGAUUGGUCUGAAUGUUCAGUUUAUUGUGGAGAAGGUGAACAAACCAGAACAAGGACUUGUACUAACCCUGCUCCGGUAAAUGGUGGUGCAGAUUGUGUUGGGGAAGCGGUUCAGACUCAACCUUGCACACUCAAUGAAUGUCCAGUGUUAAGUCUGGUAGAUGAAAAUGGUGAAGCCGUCGGUGCUGGAGUUCUAGGGUUACUGCUCAGCAAUGGAGGAACAGUUUGUGACGAUAGUUUCGAUGAUAACUCGGCUGAUGCUAUUUGUAAAGAAAUGGGACACUUCAAUCAAAUGAGCUGGUCAUUCGGUGACAACUGGGCCAUUCAAGCGGGGCUCGAAAUAACUCUAGACGAUGUUGCCUGCAGCAGUGGUGAAUGGAGCUCAUGUUCGUUUGCAUUCGUUGACGAUUGUAGUCACGGAGAGGAUGUGUUUCUACAAUGCGAAGGAGUUGUCGACGGUGGAUACACAGACCCAGAUUGGUCUGAAUGUUCAGUUUAUUGUGGAGAAGGUGAACAAAGCAGAACAAGAACUUGCACUAACCCUGCUCCGGCUAAUGGUGGUGCAGAUUGUGUUGGGGAAGCGGUUCAGACUCAACCUUGCAAACUCAAUGAAUGUCCAGUGUUAAGUCUGGUAGAUGAAAAUGGUGAUGCAGUCGGUGCUGGAGUUCUAGGGUUACUGCUCAGCAAUGGAGGAACAGUUUGUGACGAUAGUUUUGAUGAUAACUCAGCUGAUGCUAUUUGUAAAGAAAUGGGAUACUUUAAUCAGAUGAGCUGGUCAUUCGGUGACAACUGGGCCAUUCAAGCGGGGCUCGAAAUAACUCUUGAUGAUGUUGCCUGUAGCAGUGGUGAAUGGAGCUCAUGUUCGUUUGCAUUCGUUGACGAUUGUAGUCACGGAGAGGAUGUGUUUUUGCAAUGCGAAUAAAUUGAUAAGUUUAUGGAACUGAUGAAUAUUUUGAUGUAUGAAUUUGCUAACUUUCUUUUCCAGUCGUAUUAAAAGUAAACAGCACUGUAAAUUAAUGUUUUAUAUGUGCAACAUGGUCGAAACCACUUAAAACGUAACGUUCGUAACUUUAAAACUGUUAAAUCAGAGGUUAAUUCAAAUUUUGGCAAGACCAACCCACCUUUUUAAAAAUUGGAGAAAAAAGUUAGUUAAAGAUCUUUAGCCUCUUGAGUUUUCUUUAACUUUAAGUCACUCCAUCACCUUCAAACACAUUGAUUAGGCAUAAAUCAUAUUCGCAUAUUUUAGAAUCAGAGGCUGAUAUAUAUAUAAAUAUAACGUGUAACAAACCAGCUUAUUACUUUUCUUUAUUAUUACUAUUAUCGUAUAGUUAUAGUAAUGUCGCCACUAGAAGGUUUUUAGUUGGAAAUUAAUUUUAGAAAUAUUAUUCA